AUGAGGAUUGCCAUGUUUUCCUGGGAGUCCUUGCACAGCAUCACUGUAGGCGGCGUCGCCCCGCACGUUACCGAGCUGGCGGCAGCGUUGCAGCGCCGCGGCCACGAGGUCCACAUCUUCACGCGCAGGGCGGAGGGCCAGCAGCUGCACGAGGAGAUCUACGGCGUCAUGUACCACCGCGUGAACAGCCCCCCGUGUGAAGACUUUGUGGAUCAGAUGGAGAAGAUGUGCAACUCCAUGGCCUGGAGCUUCGGCGAGACGGCCGCGUUGAUCGGGGACUUCGACAUCGCGCACGCCCACGACUGGAUGGCUUGCAAAGCCAUGGUGCAGUGCAAGAACACCCACGGCACCAGGUGCAUCUUUACCUUCCACAGCACGGAGCAGGGAAGGUCGGGGGGCCCUGGGGGAGGCUCACAGCGUGUGACGGAGUGGGAGGGGGAGGCGAGCUUCGUUGCGGACCGGGUGAUCUGCGUGAGCGAAAGGUUGAAGGUGGAGGUGCUGGAGCUUUUCCAGCUCCCGGACUCCAAGGUUUGGGCGAUCAACAACGGCAUCCAGUGCUCGCGCUUCGAUGGGAUGUUGGAGGACCCCGCCGCAGUGAAAGGCUGCUAUGACAUCGGGCCCCUGGAUCCCGUGGUCCUCUUUGUGGGGAGGAUGGUUGGGGGCAUGAAAGGUGGGGAUCUUCUCAUUGAGGCGGUGCCCGACAUCUUGGCGUGCCACGGAGGAGCAAAGGUUGUCUUCGUGGGAGACGGGGACAACAAGAUGCACUGCGAUCACCGCGCGAAGGAGAUGAACAUCGAAGGCUCGGUUCGAUUCUUGGGAGCACGGUCAGGGGAGGAGCUAGUGAACUUGUUCAAAGUGGCGGACGUGGUCGUCGUCCCCUCGCGCUACGAGCCUUUCGGGUUGACGGUCUGUGAGGCCUGGGCCGCUGGGAAGGUGGUCGUUGCCUCGGAUCAGGUGGGCUGUCCAGUGGCCAACGGCGAAGAUGGCUGGGUGGUCUCAGCCACCACGGAGGGCAUCGCUUGGGGUGUGUCAGAGGUCUUUAAGGAUUUCGAUCGUGCCAGGGAGAUGGGGAGCAAAGGAAGAGUCAAGGCGGCUUUCUCCCUAUCUUGGGAUGCCUGCGCGGAGAUCACGGAAAGGGCGUACAGUGAAUUCUGA